AUGGCCCCCAACCGUGUCGCCCUCUCCAAGAACGCUGGCUCCAACAAGAGCAUGUUCAACACCGUCUAUGACGAGGCCACCAACCCCGAGAACACCACCAUUGUCCGCAGCCUGAUGGUCUUCACUGCCGGUGUCGCCUUCCUCCACAGCAGCCUCGGCGAGCUCCUCCUCCCUCCGUAA